AUGUCCGUUCCACGCGCGUCCGUCCCGCGAACGGUGGUCUCCGAUGGAGACUUCCGGGAGAGGAUGCAGAAGGCGGUUGGCCAGGCCCACCGGGUCAUCGACCAGGCGCAGGAAGCUGGCCUCACCUCCUUCACCGCCGCGGAGUUGGAGGCGCAGAAGAAGGCCGCCACGGAGACGGUCCUGCAGCGCCUCCAGUUUGCGGAGCCUGUGGAACAGGCCGGAUCCUCCCUCCAGCAAGUUCUGGAGUCGCAGGGAGAGCGAAAUCUCCACCCCUGGAAGGCGGCACAGCGCCGCUCGCGCGAGUUUUGGGAGUCGAUCCCGCGCGAGUACGACGAGGAGCAGCUGCGUCUUUUUAUGAAGACGUAUGCGGAGCUCGCGCGCGAUGGGCGCCUUACGCCCACGCGGGUGUUGGUGGGCCAGUACCUUUGGCCCACAGAAACAAGCACCCUGGAGGAGCGCUCGUUGGAGCUCUUCCACCUCCUCUUCAUGGCGCUGGCCACAAACCGCGUCAUGCACCAUAACUGGGCUGUGUUCGGGCAGCUGCCGUCCUCCACUCAACUUGAGUGGGGAGCUCUGGUGGAAACACUGGAGUAUCCGCUUUUCCCGGCGGAUAUGUCUUCCCUGAACGGGAAGAUAUUCGAGGCGGCGAAGCUGUCCAAGAGCGGGGCAGCGACGGAGCGGCGCGCCGCCAUGGCGAAGGUGUUCGACCUCUCGAAAGAGGUCGGGAUGGAGGGUGGCUCGUACUACGAGCCUAUCGUGAACGCGGAGGGCCAGCAGAUUUCUGCCCUCCAAAUGGAGAACACGGAUGCGCGCCUGACGCAUCUGCACCACAUGCUGGAAAGCAUCCAGCAAACGAUCGGGCAGGUGUCGGCGGCGCAGAAGGCGUCCGCAAAGACUGUGGCUCGUCCGAGCCAGCCCUACGUGGCGCAGCGUGGGCGUGGAGGGAGUGUUGGUCGUGGGAAUCAAGAAAAGAGAGCAAACCUCACGCCAACCACAACCAAAAGAUCAGAUAAAUACAUAAGUGGCCCGCUCUUUCUUCCGAGUGCGAAACGCCAUCAUAGCAGCUUGGAGGAAAAAGGCGCUGGGAAGUAUUUAUCUUUCUUUUUUUGCUGA